CGCGAAGUAAACUCGUGGAAAAUCGACAAUUAUGUCGUAAAUCUAACAAGCACCUUAUCAAAAAUCGUGGAUAGUUAAGAAAAAACAAUAUCUAUUGACGCUGAGGAUGCUGAGUUUAAAUGGUGAAAACGAAGAUCCGAAUUGGAUAAGAAUCGGCACAAGCAGAUGAAAUGUGAAGCACGAAGUCGGCACGUUGCAGACCUGGCGGGAACGAAGGCGGAAGUUAAGAAAGCUGAGGUGAGAUUCACCGCAGGGAUAGCGGCACGUCGGAAGAGCACCUGGCGCGGGCCGCCUGAGAUGACGGCCUUGCGGCAGGAUAUCACGGUAUCCCCGUAUAGAACCUUCCUCUUGAUAUCACUAAUCGGACUAUUGCUCCAAAUCCAUUCAACGACAGGUGGUAUAUGUUGGUCAUCUAUCAGUAACGGACGGUGUAAGGAACUUUUAUCGCAAAGUAUCACGAGAGAAAAUUGUUGCGCAUCUAAUGCAGCAGCAGCGACUGCUUAUUCUGAUGAGGAUCUGGAUAGUGGAAGUCUCUUCUUCUGGAGAGUUCUUGGUGGAGGUGUGCAGUGUCGCCCUUGUCGAGAGAGUUGCGCGGAAGUGAGGUGCGAAGAAGGAAAAAAGUGCAUAGUACGUAGAGGAAGACCGAGAUGCGUGUGUAGUCCAGAGUGUAAAGCACCGCGUGGUGGUGGACCGGUCUGCGGAACGGAUGGCAAGAGUUACAAAAGUCUUUGCAGACUCAAAAAGCGAGCUUGCAAGAAGGGCAGUCAUGAACUCUCGGUUGCCUACAACGGCCACUGCCAAAGUUCGUGCGCACGGGUUCGGUGCGGCCAAGGUCGGAGCUGUCUGCUGGAUCAGAACCUAAGUCCUCACUGUGUGAGGUGCGCUCGCAGGUGCCCCCAAGCACUCCCGCAUCAGGUCGCCGGCGCACGCCCCGUCUGUGGAGCCGACGGAAACACCUACAAGAGUGCCUGCCACCUGCGACUCGCCGCUUGCCGCGCAGGUCGCGCCAUUCCCGUCGCUUAUAAGGGUCAUUGCAAACAAAGCGCAGACUGUACCAAGAUACGCUGUAGAGAGGGCCAAACUUGUUUAUCCGAAAUGAAGUCUGGACGACCACGUUGCGUGACCUGUAUGUAUCGUUGCCCCCGGAAGCGGGAGCGCAUCCGGAAUAGGACGCAUCGUGACAGAGAUCGAGAGCGAGAUCGAGAUCCGUCGAUGACCAUGUUAUGUGCGACAAAUAACAUCACCUAUCCCAGCUGGUGUCACAUUAUCAAGGACGCCUGUGUUACUGGUUUCGUUCUUGAAACACGGCACGCGGGCCCUUGUAACGCUUACGACACGGCUCCCUUUUAUAUUGAGGAAGACAACACUUCGAGCAACUACGGUGUUGAUCUGGCGGACGAAGAUACAAAAGUGAGUGAUGAUUACGCCAAAUCUCCUUAUGGAGAUUUACGCCUCCAUUCUGUACCGUUCUUGUAG